AUGCCCGUCAUGGUUCACAUCGCGUACUGGACGACUCCUGAGAAAAGGCACGUGACCAUUCUCGGUGCUACGCCUGGUGGCGAUCAGCUGCUCUUCAGCCCUACUCGCACCGAUGAUCCAUACUUUGACCCCAGCGCUGAGUACCGGUUCAGGCCUCCACCUGGAUGGGUGGAAGAGCGUCAAGCAAGGCAGAAAGCAGCGGCAAAGGGGAAGGAGCCCAAAAAGUCAAAGGUGGAUACUCCAGAACCGAAUGGAAAGGAUAGUGCAAAGAAAUAUUGGGGCUUUCGGGGCUGGGUCGUAGUCUCGGAUAGGCAAGCUAGACUUGUUGACAAUGGUUUGGAGCCUCCUCCUGGAAACGCCCUUGUCAACCCUGACAGCGGCGAACAGGUAGCACGCAGUAACUACGGCGUCUGCGCCGAGUCCUUCUUCUAUAUCUACAUCAGCACCCUGAAAGCCAAAGCGCAAGCUAAAGAAAUGCCGAGCAAGAUCCGUGGCUUCGCACUGAAGGCGUCGGACGACAUCGGCGCGCCGCCAGAAGGCGAAACCAAGCCGGUCGUGAAGAAGGUCGGCUUCGCGCGGAAGAAAAAGCUCAACUUGAGAUUUAUCAGCACCCGCGUACAACAGCCCUGCCACUCGUCCUGUCAAAAGAUCAUCUUGGACCUCAACGACGGGAAGAAAAAGGGCGCAGACCGGAGAAUCCGCUUCACGCUCGCGGACAUGGACCCUUUGAACGGAUCGGUCACGGACCCUGCCGUUGGUGAAGAUGAAGACGAGCCUGAAGGCAUCCCCGAUGAGGACCCCAGUAAGCCCGGGAGCAGCAGCACCAAGCCGAAAGAGGAUAACAAGAAGAAGAACAGAAACUAG